CCCCCAUCGCGCUCGUCGCUUGCGUGCAGACUCAUUUCAGUCACACUCGGUGUGGAAGGAGCUCGGGUCACGGCGUCAUCAUCGCAACUGUCGCAUCUGGAACCUGUAUAGCUGCUUUACGGAAUCGCAGGGCACGUCAGCAAUUACGCCUCAUCUCAGUAGGCAAGUGAAACACUGGCCGUACCAACAGCAUGCCUCCGACCAAGGAGAGGAGACCGCCUUGCGACAGGUUCACAGACGCUUCAGCCACGGCCAUCUCUUCUGGCUUUGCAGCUGUCAUGGCCCUAGGUCCACAGCCAGCGGGUCCAGGAGACAAGAUCACUUCACAUCCCAGAUCGAGCGCAUCGGGAUCCCCAGACAUGUCUCCUGCUCAAGCUUCCAUCCUAUUUCCAUCCUACUGCGACCCUGCUCCGAGACCGCCCUCAACUGGCAACAGAGAUCGCUCGCGCAAUUUAGCUGAAGAGGUAGAUGGAGAAGACGACUCGGAUGCGGAUGAGGACGAAGGGCGAGAUGGCGAAGUGCAAGGCGAUGACAAGCCGAAUGGCCGCCAAAAGGUGGCUGGAAACAAGAAGCGCAAAGCGACCGGCAUAGAGGCCUCUGCGGAUGACCGCAAGGCGCAGAAUAGAAUCGCCCAGCGCGAAUUUCGCCAGCGCAAACAGCAGUACAUCCGAGCUCUCGAGGCUCGCGUGGAGCUCCUCUCUUCGGAUCACGACACCCAAGUGGACAGGCUCCGAUGGGCCCUCAGAGGCUUGCUGAGCGAGAACAACCUCUUGCGUUCCAUGCUUGGCAAUUUUGCUGGGUUCAUCGGCGAUAGCAUGCUCGGCGGCCCUCUGCAGAAAGCAGGCAUGGACCGCGCCACUCUUGAGGAGCUCAUAAGCACACGAAGCGAGAAGACGAUGACCGAACGCUGGCAGCACUGGCCUGGCGCUAAAGAGAGCGAAGCCCUAAAGCAACUGCGCUUGGACGCUAAGCUGCCACCUGAGGGUCUGCCUGAAAGCUCACGCCUGCCCAAGCCUCGAGCGGAGGAGCAACUAGACGUGACCGCCCACAAGAACGGCUCGGCGUCAAAGAAGCGCAAAGCAAGCGCUGAAUCAGCUCAAGACUCUUCUCAGAGCUCGAGGGACAAGUCUCCACCACAAGCCACCAAUCUUUCCGAUCUCUUCAGUAUGGGACCAAAGAGGGCAAUGAGCCCGGGAGGCAGCACCACGCUGCCUACGCAGCCAGUGCCAGCGGCUACGACCGCGCUUCCUUCCGCUUUGAUGACAAGUUCUGAAGAGGCUGGCUUCCACUUUUCACCCAGAGACUUUGGGUUAGGAGGCUUCUCCGCCACGUCCAGUUCAGGCACCAGCUCAUGUCUGAGCUCUUUCAAUAUGGGUGACACCGACGCGCUCUUGGCUGGUCUCUUUGGAGAAGGACCCAUCGCUUCGACGGCUGUGCAAAGUCGAUCAAUCUCUAGUCUUGCCACUGCUCCACAAGACUCGCCUUUCGGGCUCGCUGUGCUCGAUGCGCACAAGUCUGGAGACGACAGCAGGAAGCCCGAGGUUGUAUCCGCCGCCUCGUCGGAUCCUAGCCCGUUCGCAGCCUCGCUCCCGCAUGGUCACAAUUUCGACUCAGAUUUCCCUUCCGAGAGAUGGCAGUACCUCAUCCAUCGUAUGAACGCUCAGCGUAAACAGUUUGGACGACACGACUUCAUCGCAACGUUGCCAGGAGUUGACACCGAAAAAAUCAUCAAAAUAUCAGCCGCGGAUCGAGCAAGAUUGGAUGCGGCCACGUUGGUGCCGCCAGGGCGUGUGCGCUCGCCCCAGGAAAUUUCGGACGUGGCCGAAGCUGCAGUACAAAUGAUAUAUCAUCUUAACAAUUUUCAGCGGAAUCGCUCUUAUGCUCUGCCCGAGAUCAUGAGGCACUCGGUCAUCCAGCGCAAGGUUCCGCAUGACAAGCUUUUGGACGCCAUACCGUUUCCUGGAGUCCGCGACAACUUGAUUCUCAAGGAGCAUGAGUACAAUAUUGAAGAAGUCAUUAUUGGUCUGACAGAGUACACCCGAUUACAUGGCGAAGACCCGAUGUUGAUGGCAUCUUGGGAGCUCGAGCUGCCCUUCAUGAUCCAGUACCCCGAGCUGGUCGACGAGCUGUCUCUCAUCAAUACAAACAGGUGGAGAAGCACUCGCCACGAGUCUAAUAUCGAUCCCAGCUCCUUGAUAAGCUGGAAGGCGCAGAAAAGAGCCGCUAAAGGGACAGGCAGCACUUUUUGAGCGUUUGCAUUGAUUCUGAUUGCGAGGCGUGAAAGACUCUAGCCCCCUGUUUUGAUCGAUCAUUCCAUUCGAAAGGGCGAGAUCAAAAGGGCUCCGCCGUCUUGCUACUUGUAUUGUAACCGCAUUAUUGUAUCAUUUUCACGCGGCGGUAACAGUAAACGGCGCGCACGCUGAGUACAAUCGUUUGAGCUACAAGACCUUCAAGACACUCUGACUCAAGACUGCUCAACAGUCACGAGUCCACAAAGCUUAUCUACAUCAUGGCAUGCAGUGUACGAAGGUAGUCUGCUCAAACUGGACUGUCCGCACCGUACCGCCGCUGCCAGAUCGCAGAUAUGCCAAGGCCUCCCGCGACGCGCUACCCGCCAACCUGUGAGCGUGAGACGCCUGG